UCCGCCUCUCCUCAGCUCUCGAUCAACAUAUCAUCCUCUUUCCAUCCAAUGCUGCAGCAGACUAGAGCUGCUCAUGCCCAUGUACUCCACCGGCCAUUGCUCUAAUCACAGCACCGCCAAAAUGCCUGAUCUUCGCUUCGACUCCAUGAGGAAAGGGACCAUUGAGCGGGCCCUCUAUGAUUCCUACCGUCGCCGGAGUAGCCUCUGCCUACCACCAGACAUUACACUGCCACAGGACUGCUACAGAUCCACUGGACCACUGCCUCUCCAGUGUCUCGCCGCUGAUGCACUCCCUGAGAGCCUCAAGGAGGAGAUAGAGAAACUAACAGUCUCUUCACUGGAGGAAUACUCUCACCAAGAAGGACAUGUAAAGGGAUCUCUGAGCUUGUCUGAUGGUCAUAAUGAACACACUGUCAUUGUCCCUUUGCAGUUUUUCACGAAUGACAAUGGUUUACGGAUUGUUGGUGGCGUUAAAUGUCCUCAUUCCGGAGAGAGGCAUGCACGAAUAAUACUCUUCAAGCACAUGGAGGACAAAGUUGACACAGAAACACUCUUACCCUCUUUUCAUAAAGGACUGUGUAUUGUUGAAAUGGAGGGACACUCUCUUCGAGAUUCUACCUUUGAAGGUGUCAGAAAGAUCAUGAGGAACUUGAAUACUGUUCUUAUUAAACUAGUGGUGAAGGAUUGCUGCAAAGACCACUCAAACAGGCCAUCACUUGGCAUCACAACAAAAAGAGAGGAUAAACAAAUUAAAAGUAGGAAGAAACCUCAUUUCCUGGCACUGCGAGAGCAAAGACGAGCUAGUAUGGUUAGCCUGGAAACCCCUUCACCUGAAGGACGGACUUACAGAGAAUUACUAAAAGAAGAGAGUUCUCCUUCUCCCUCGCCUUUCAAGAAGGACUGUCAAUCGGCAUUGGAGGUCUCGUUUGAGUUUGCAAAAGACUCUACUCUCGUUCGGAAAACAACACCAAAACUUUACCCGAGACAUUCCUCGACGCAGUCGCUUGAUAGCUUGAUCAGUGAUAAUGGGGUUGAUGAUAAAUCACUGGCUAACAAUCAGAGCAGAGUGGCAAAGAUAUCGUUGCGAUACUUAAAGUCCCGGGAAAAGUUUUGCGUGAAUCUUCAUCGGAUUAAAUCAGUUUCUAAGAAUUCGGUGAUAGAUCAGUCUGGUGUGUUCAUUAAUACUUACAUAUUCCCUGAUAAGAGGAGUCAAGGUGUCCAGUCCUGUAAGCCGGUAUCCAGCACUAUCUCAACAGAGUCUCUCAUUGAGUUGAGUGCUCAGUACAAGCUCACCAGGGAAGAGUUGCAAGCCACUUCCUUAAGAAUCCUAGUUUGGGAAUUCGGCAGUGCUUUAAGAUCAAAGAAGACUCACUUCAGGGGAGAGGUAUUUUUAGACGUUGGUGACGAAUCGAAUAAAUUUGUUAAUUUAGAAGGUGUUCCCCAGUGGUACUCCCUGUGUCCCCCUGAUAGGAACCUUCCUUCGUUACCAUCACCACACCCACCUUAUUCACAAGGGACCAUUAUGAAAAAAGUGAAAGCCAUUGCUAAUAACACAUCACAAAACUUUGGUUCUUUGACAAAACGGAGAAAAGAAAGAAAAGGUUUAGGAGCAAUAAUAGCAGCCGAAGGGCCAACCCUUUCCCAGAGCUUACAUGACAUUGCUGGUGCUAAAGGUAGUGGCUCAAAAUCUCCUGAUGUCCCUUCAUUGCUCGAGCCACUCAAAGACAGAGGAAGAGGAAAGAAGAUCAGUUUGCCAGACCCACCGUUGAGGAGACCGUCUUCCUCUCGCAACAGAAGGAGCAACAGGAACUCUUUGCUCUCACUUUUUGAGUGGAACAGUCGUAGGAACAGCAUUGCUGAGGAAGACGCCGCCGAUUAUACUUUCUCUUUACAAAAAAUGGCCUCAUCUCCAAUGCUUGAUGCCAAAGGUGAUGCUUCUCCAAACAGCAAAAGAGGAAACCUCUCGCUGGUUGAGUUUCUCGACGGCCUCAACACUCCUCGCACAAAAGCCAAAUUAUUAAAAUUCUCUCAAGGCCUACGGCAGAAGUCUUUCUCUCAGGACGUCCUUGAUGUCCCUCGUCCAAGGAGACCAUUGAGUCUCUCCAGCGACAGUAUGAACAUUGGUUCCGAGGACUCCAGCUUUGGUAGCGGGAGCGAGACUUCUAGCAUUAGCUCGGUCAAUAAGCCGAGUGGUUUACUGGUCAGUGGCUGGUCCACUAGUUCCAGUGAAGAUAUGCUGAGACCUCCUUCCUCAGCCUCGUCUGGUGAGUUUUCUCCUCCACCCCAAAGCGGCAAAUCUGUCUUUCGUCAUUACUCGUUUCUUGAUUCUCUUGAGGAUAUGAUGGAUGGGGUUCCACUAGAAUCACCCACACAGAUACUGAGACGACCUUCAAAGCCAAAAAAGUCGUCCGCUCGACGCAAGUCAAGCAUGGAGGAAGGUUACGACCAUUUGCUCCCGUUUUUGAAAAUCAACGACUCCGUUCCUUUCAGCCCUCAUUCUCUCUCGUCUUCCACAGAAACCCUCACUCCUCAUGUUGGGGCCGGAGAAGAAGAAGGCCCUAAAUUAAGAUCCUCAUCUUGGACAGAGACUGACACCUUGCCUAGUACUUUUGGGCGGAGCCUAAUGGAUUCCCGUCUCUCAAGAAGUGUCGACGAGUUAUCAGAGAUGAAGAGUUGGUCUCAAUACGACGAUAGUUGUACUCAGUCCUCAUUGGAUCUCUCGGACUCCUCCUCUUCCAGAGGGCAAAGCCAGUCGCAACAGGACAGUGACUUUUUAACUUCCAUACAACCGAUAGCAACAGGAACAGAUGACAGUAUUUAUAGCAGUGGGCUGGAGUCCAUUAUGGAAAGGUCUAUGGAGGACAGUGUUCAAGUCGAGACAUUGAAGAGACCAAAGAAGAGGAGUGUGUCGUUGGAGAUGGUGGCAUCCGACUCUCCUGAUGACAAGGGAAAUAAUCAGCCUGUCUUACCUGCUCUUGCCUCAGUGAGAAAAGAUAGUAAAAUUGGAACAAUUAAGAGAUUAGUGGAAGCUUACAAGACUGGCUUAGGGAAGCCAAAUGGGAGUGUCAACAUUCUAUUGACUGCCAAACAUGUUGCAAGGAUCAUAGUAGUUGACGUCAUUGAUGUUGUGUUCUACAGCCAGAAACUGAUGAAUGCUGAAUACACCAUGAAAGUUAACCUCUUCAAUCGUUUUAACGAAAAGUGUGAGAUGAGCAAGAAGGAAGCAGCUGUGUUUAGGAAGAAUGGAAUGCAUGAACAGAAGCAGCUCCCGCCAGUUUUUGAAUUUCAUGGUGACCCUUCAGUGUAUUACAUACAAAUUCAGUUUCAGUUAAAAAAUCGUAUUUUCGGCCGCAAGGUCUACCAGUCAUUCCAAGACAUGGAAGCCAUUAAAGGAGAGUCUAAUAACUUAUGGCUACCAAUAUGUAAACUACCUUCACAAUAGCAGCUGGCAGAAUAUCAUUAAAUAAUAAUAAUUGCACCAAAUCGAUCAGUGAUCACCAUUUUGACUCAUCUACUUGGUGUGUCUAUAAAUUGUAUUAUAUUCUAUUCUUACACUCAAUGACUUUCAGUAUCUUGCAAAAUAAUUAUUAUUUAUUUUUGUUAAAUCUAAAUUUACCUUCUGUUCUCUCUCUCUCUGAUCUCUUGCAAAGUAUUAAUUGUAAUAACAUUAUUAUGAAUAUUUAUUAUUAUUAUUAUUAUUAUUAUAUCAAAAUUGGAGGCAUUAUAACAACUGACUGACAUUUAA